AUGGGUCUUUUCACGUCGCUUCUUUGUUGUGGAGACGCCAACGACGAGCAUACAAACAAAAACAGCCACCCGACUAAACGGCACCCACCAGCACAGCAAAAACUCACCGCCAAACGCGCCGCUCCCGCUUCGGGCAAAACAGACAGCGACGACUCGGAUAAACCGCAAGUUUCCGUGUCGCAGAAAGAAGUGCCGCAGAAAACGCAGCAAAAGUCCAAAAAGGACAUGUUGGACGACGACCACUCGGUCAAUGAGACCGACACCAUCACCAACACAAACGAGGAGUCAAACACAACACCCAUAAUAGCUGAAAACAACGAGCAAAGCAACAAUAACGCUCCGGUCUUAGAUUCCGAUGAAAUUCCUCCAACAGAACCUGACGUGGCCCCGAGCGCUAUAGAGGAACUCAUGGAUAACGAGUCCGAGUUGGACUUGUCCAAAAUUCAGGAGGGCCAAGCAUUCAACCCAGAAACGGGAUUUCUUUUGGGUAAAAAGGAUAUAGCACGUUUUGGCAACAAAAAAUGUCUCAUUUUGGACUUGGACGAGACGCUUGUGCACUCGUCGUUCAAGUAUUUGCGCACUGCAGACUUUGUCAUCCCAGUGGAGAUUGACAACCAGGUGCAUCACGUGUAUGUGAUAAAACGGCCUGGUGUGGACGAGUUUUUGGAAAAAGUGGGCCGCUGGUUUGAGGUGGUGGUGUUUACUGCAUCGGUGGCCAAGUAUGGUGAUCCAUUGUUGAACAAAUUGGAUAUCUCCAAAUCCGUGCAUCACCGGCUCUUCCGAGACUCUUGCUACAACCACGAGGGCAACUUUAUCAAGAACUUAUCUCAGAUUGGUCGUCCUUUGAGCGACUCGAUUAUCAUUGAUAAUUCACCUGCGUCCUACAUUUUCCACCCUCAGCACUCAAUCCCCAUCUCCAGUUGGUUCAGCGACACCCACGACAACGAGUUAUUGGACUUGCUUCCAUUUUUGGAAGACAUUUCCAAGCUGAACGUGGACGACGUGAGCUUGGUGCUUGAUAUCACCAUUUAA